AUGGAAGUUAUCGUUGCCAAUGUUGAUCAUAUUAAAUUUGAUAUAGAUUACGCGUUAGAAGAACAGUAUGGAGCGCUACCUCUACCUUUCCCGGGAAUGGACAAGUCAACCGCGGCAGUAUGUGAAUUCUUCAGUCAACCUGGAGGUUGUGGAAAUGGUCCUCAGUGUCCUUACAGACACGUCCGAGGAGAUCGUACGGUCGUUUGCAAACAUUGGUUGAGAGGUCUCUGUAAGAAAGGCGAUCAAUGUGAAUUCCUCCACGAAUAUGACAUGUCCAAGAUGCCCGAAUGUUAUUUCUAUGCUAGAUUUAAUGCUUGUCAUAAUAAAGAAUGCCCAUUUCUUCAUAUUGACCCUGAGAGUAAAAUCAAGGAUUGCCCAUGGUAUGACAGAGGGUUCUGUCGCCAUGGACCACACUGCAGACAUAGACAUGUGCGACGUGUCUUAUGCAUGAACUAUCUGGCUGGAUUCUGUCCUGAUGGCUCCGCCUGCAAAUACAUGCACCCAAGGUUUGAGCUCCCAGCUCCUCCUGAGCAAACAAAAGAUGCUAAAAGACUGCCCGUGUGUCACUACUGCUCUGAAGUUGGCCAUAAAGCUUCGUCUUGUAGUAAGAUACCAGCAGAGCAAAGAGAAGCAGCUUUAAGACAAGAAGAAGCAAGAUACCGUGCACUAGGCUACAUUAAACCAGCCAAUGAGAGUGAAGUGAAUGAAAUGAACAACCAAAGGAUGCAGAGAAUAGUUCACAAACCUCUGGAAGAAGUCACCUGCUUCAAAUGUGGCACCAAGGGGCAUUAUGCUAACAAAUGCCCUAAGGGCCACCUAGCAUUCUUGUCCAGUCAAGCCAACCAAAACCAAAAUGCAAACACAUUUAAAAAACCAAACUAG